AUGACCCAGACUGUGAUGCCGCCCGAUGUGCUGGAGAUCUUGAAGCCCGACUGGGUUGUUCCCCUUGUCGCCGUCCUGGUACAUAAGGAUAACACCGACGAGAAUGGCUCUAUCUUCGAGGUUGGUGGUGGACACGUUGCCAAGCUGCGCUGGGAAAGAUCCAGCGGCCUUCUCCUCAAGGCCGACGACAGCUACACUCCCAGCGCUGUCAUCAAGAAGUGGGACCAAGCUAUCGACUUUUCCAAGCCUCAGUACCCUUCCGGCCCCAAUGACUUCCUGACCCUCUUGGAGGAGUCCAUGAAGAUGGGCCCCAAUGAACAGGGCGAGAAGGUUGACUUCACCGGUCGCGUUGCCUUAGUUACCGGCGGUGGUGCCGGUAUCGGUCGUGCCUACAGUCUGGCGUUCGCCAAGCACGGCGCCACUGUUGUUGUCAACGACUUGGCCAACCCCGACGAUGUUGUGAACGAGAUUAAAAAGAUGGGCGGCAAAGCCGUCGGCGUGAAGGCUUCGGCAGAAGAUGGCGAUGCAGUUGUCAAAGCUGCCAUCGAUGCUUUCGGUCGCAUUGAUAUUGUCGUUAACAAUGCAGGCAUCCUCCGCGACAAGGCUUUCAACAACAUGGACGACAGCCUCUGGGACCCCGUCCUGAAUGUUCACCUGCGCGGUACUUACAAGGUUACCAAGGCCGCCUGGCCAUACUUCCUCAAGCAGAAGUAUGGGCGCGUUAUCAACACCACAUCUACUUCUGGUAUUUACGGCAACUUCGGGCAGGCCAACUAUGCCGCGGCGAAAUGCGGUAUCCUCGGCUUUUCCCGCGCACUCGCGCUCGAGGGCUACAAGUACAACAUCUAUGUCAACACCAUUGCACCCAACGCUGGCACUGCGAUGACGCGGACCAUUAUGCCCGAGGAGAUGGUCCAGGCUUUCAAGCCUGACUACAUUGCGCCUGUUGUCCUCGCCCUGUCCAGCGACAAGGUUCCCAAGAACCCCACUGGCGGUCUGUACGAGGUUGGCAGCGGCUGGGUCGGCCAGACCCGCUGGCAGCGAAGUGGCGGUCACGGUUUCCCCGUUGACGUCCCCCUGACGCCCGAAGAGGUUCUUAAGCACUGGGACGCCAUCAGGAACUUCGAGGAUGGCCGCGCCGAUCACCCAGAGAAGACACAAGACGGUCUCCAGAAGGUCAUGGCGAACAUGGAGAACAAGAGCAACAAGCAAGAGGCCUCCGGCGGUGACAGCCAAUACCUCGAUGCCAUCAGGGCCGCCAUGAAGGCCGAGGGCAAAGGCACCGAGUUUCAAUACGAAGAGCGUGACGUGAUGCUUUACAACCUGGGUAUCGGCGCCAAGCGCGACCAACUCAAGUAUGUCUUCGAGGGCGCCGAUGAUUUCCAAGUCAUCCCAACCUUUGGCGUCAUCCCCCCCUUCAACACGGAGAUGCCGUACAACUUUGACGACAUCGUCCCCAACUUCUCCCCCAUGAUGCUUUUGCACGGCGAGCAGUACCUCGAGAUUAAGAAGUAUCCGAUCCCUACUGCCGCGAAGCUUGUCUCCACCGGCAAGCUUCUCGAGGUUGUUGACAAGGGCAACGCUGCCAUCGUCAAAAGCGGCAUCACGACGGUUCACGCAGAAACCAAAGAGCCCAUCUUCUACAACGAGAUGACGGUAUUCCUGAGGGGCUGUGGUGGAUUCGGCGGCCAGAAGAAGCCGGCGGACCGUGGUGCCAGCACGGCGGCCAACAAGCCCCCUUCGCGGCACCCGGAUGUUGUAGUCGAGGAGAAGACGACUGAGGAGCAGGCGGCGCUGUACCGUCUGAGCGGCGACUACAAUCCUCUCCACGUCGAUCCUGCCUUUGCUAAGAUGGGCGGCUUCAAGGCACCCAUUCUCCACGGUCUCUGCUUCUUCGGUGUCGCCGGCAAGGCAGUUUACGAGCGCUUCGGCCCCCUUAAGAACAUCAAGGUGCGCUUCGCCGGUACCGUCAUCCCCGGCCAGACACUCGUGACGGAGAUGUGGAAGGACGGUGACAAGGUCAUCUUCCAGACUAAGGUCAAGGAGACGGGCAAGCUGGCCAUUGGCGGCGCCGCCGCCGAGCUGCUCAGUGACAAGAGCAAGCUCUGA